AUGGCUUACUGCACAGGACCACGUGUGAUGCGGCGAUUGUGUGACUCAGAGUGGUUCAAAGCAGAGUUUGUAGACAAGGAGGCUGUUGCCCUCAACAAUGAUCUCGCCGUGUCUAGCGACCAAUGCAAAAGUGUGGGCCAAGCACGCAAACAUGAGUGUGACCAGCUCAUCUCUUCAUCAUUUCGGCCGUUCAUUGAGAAGGUGCUUCCUUUGCCAGCAAAUGCAUGCGACAGCGAUGUGGCAGAGUAUGGCGGGUGUUGGUUUUGGGAAACGUAUCGGCACGCUCUGUUCGGUGAGAACGUACUUAUUCAUCUGGGUGGCUCUGGUAUUUCAUUGGCAGAAGACACACUCGACGCGCAAGUUGAGCUUCGAUUGAGGAUGUGCCCAAAGGUCCCCGAGGGUUUGCCAUCCCAGCAUCGCGAGAAGGUGUUGCUACAUGGGUCAGCAAAGCUGGAGGUCGUUUACGCUCUCGCUCUGUCUGUUGCGCUGCAUGUGGCAAAACAGCCCCUACUAGAACACGGAGAAGGGCCUCAGGCGCUGGUCUUCUGCGCAACCAAGGAUCAGUGCGAUGAGUUUGCGUGCGCUUUGAACCAGUUCUGCGUCUCGCUGCACCUGAUCGUGCACAACCUCUUUGAACCCUAUCCACCGAUGCCGGCAGACAAGCGCGCUGAGGUUGUUGUCGCCACUCCGCCGUUAUGGGAAAGCUUGGUAAAGUUUGGACAGUACACCGAUCACGUACGUGUGAGCACCGCAUCACAGAGCGAAGGGUUGGAAGACCUACUUCUAAAGGUGGAAGGAGAGGGCCAGCUUCCGCCAACGUACGAUCUCACGCGAUGGCGUCCUUAUAGUCUUACGCACGUGGCGCAGCUCGUCAUCUUCGAUGUAGAGUUGCAGGUAAAUAUGGGGUUUGGACGUCUUCUGCAGCAUACUCUCCGACUUCCACAUGGGCCAUCUCCUGUACUUUGCAAGUUGGAGGGUUCCACCGCCGUGGGCAAGUUGCCUCUCUCGUGUCAACUGUAUGCCGUUGCAGGUGGCGACCGAUUUGCCGUCGAAGCGGAUGCAGUGCGUUCACUGCUCGAAGCAGUCCGCUCCAAUGGGCAACUCCGAUUCAAUCAAGGUACUGCAGAGCUUUCACUAGCUAACCCACGUCUUGUACUUGAUUCCAACGAGGGCCGUCGUGCACCGCUCUCACACGGCAUUCGCAAGCGACAACGGGCAGAGGACGGCCUGAGUGGCGACAACGGGCAGGAGAGCUCCUGCAAAGCCCACGCUACCGCCUCACCGCGAGGCAACGGCAUGGCUUUCGAAGGCAUUCUCAUCCGCAGCGCAUUGUCGCACGCACGGCUCCUCGCGGACUUUACUGCGUUUACCGAUUUUGUCAGUCGCGUGGUAGAGGAGGCCAGCGCGUUUUGGGAGAGCUUUGAGAGCGGCAUCUGCGACGACGCGGCCUCGCACGGGACGCCGUCAGCAGGCUCGUCGCCCCUGACGACUGGAAGCAACAACAACGUGAAGGACACAGAUCGCUUUCCUACCUCAGCCGUUUCCGCAUCUUUUCUCCGGUGCGCGCGCGUGGAGCUGGCUCUCAUUUGCGCUAGCUCAACCAGCCCUGAUUCCCAAUCAUGUCUUACAGCGUCGGAGGCCUAUCGUGCGCAGGAAGUGGGUGUGUGGGUGUACCCUUCCCCGUCCUUUCCCGUAAACCUUUCAUCGCGCCUGACGCUCUUGUUUCAGCACUUGAAUGAUCGAUUGAACGGCGAAUUGUUUGAUGGCAGCGUUGUACAGUGCAUCCUAGCAAGUGACGCGGCACGUCUGCCUUUCACACUUACCCCCAUGACCGCAUCAGCAACAAACGGCGAGGGCAGCCGUUUGGUACAGCACCACGAACUGUUCCGUUAUGGUCCCAAUCUCAUGCAACCAGCUUUGCUGUGUAUUGCCCGAAAAAGUGGAGAUGAGGCAGCAGCAGCAAUAGCAGCGCGCAACGCCGAACGCCUUGAGACUCUGUCUGUGGUAGAAAAACUCGCUGCUGUCACGAAGGGAACAGAGAAGUCACUUGGGUAUGUGCAAAGAUGUUGCUUCUUGUCGACGCCCUCCCACGCAGGCCAGGCCGCCUCACCAUCGCUGCCUAGCACCGUUGCUCCAUCUGAUGUCAGUACUGUGUUAGUGGUGCGCCACAUAGCCGCAUCGAGGGUAGCAUUAUGCGGCGAGGAGGCAAUUACCAGUUCACAAGUGCGUCCUCCAGGGGAGAUGAAACCACUUGCCCUUUACUUGCUGGAGGAAUGCUGCCAAUACGGGCGUGUUUUGUCGUACUACGCCUAUGAAACAGCUCCGACGACGAUUGUGGACACUGCAGAGGACAGGCAGGAAGUUGGCGGGAGCGACGUAGAGGGGCUUGCAGCGCAAACAGUGACAGCGAUGGAGGGAGAACAGCCACUUGUUACUGCGGGACAACUCACAACUGCAUCUCUCUUUAUUGAGUUCGCCAGUGCUGAUGCUGCAGUAGAGGCAAUUCGGCUCUUUUCGCGCCGUUUCGCCCUCCAACACCAGCAGCUGCAGUCGCGAGGUACACCUGCUCGUCUUCCGCGGGCUCGCCUGUUUACUAAUCGCACAUACUACGAGGGGGUACUGCAGGAGCUGUCAUCGCAGAUGCUCUACGACGGAACUGUUGACAGCGGCCGGAGCGCUGACGACGACGACAGUCGCUUCGGCGACCUUCAUAUAUCCCUACUCGCGGAGUAG